AUGAAAAGGGAGGAGGCAAGUGACAGCAGCUCUAAAGAAUCUAAGAAGUCUGAUGUUUCUAGUUCACAAAAAAGUCAGCCUAAGAAUAUUGUGGGAGGGCCAAGGGUAAUAGAGCCCGUCUUUGAGCAAAGAGAACCACUAGACGAUCGGAUAAAGAGCCAAAUAAUACUUUCACUAGCAACGUUCACAGACGAAACGCCUCCAACCAGAAUAUGUGAAACUUUAAAAGGCAUGCUUGAUAGCAAGUUUGGAAAGGGGUGGUGCGUGUUUGCCGGGGCCCAUUUUGCCGGGAGCUGCACAUUUGAAGAGAAAUACUUUGCACAGAUAUCAUUCGGCACAUACUCAAUAACUGCAUUUAGGAUAUUCAUCCCGGGAAGUUAA